UAUCAUCUCGACAGGGACUCUAAGAUUGCUACCUGCACCUUCGCUGACCAUGCUGUCCCGGGUGGUACUUCCCGCCGCCGCCACAGCGGCCCCGUCUCUGAAGAAUGCAGCCUUCCUAGGUCCAGGAGUAUUGCAGGCAACAAGGACCUUCCAUACAGGGCAGCCACACCUUGCCCCUGUACCACCUCUUCCUGAAUAUGGAGGAAAAGUUCAUUAUGGACUGAUCCCUGAGGAAUUCUUCCAGUUUCUUUAUCCUAAAACUGGUGUAACAGGACCCUAUGUGCUCGGAACUGGGCUUAUCUUGUAUGCUUUAUCCAAAGAAAUAUAUGUGAUUACCGCAAAGACCUUCACUGCCAUGUCAUUAAUAGGGAUAAUGGUCUAUGGAAUUAAAAAAUAUGGUCCCUCUGUUGCAGCAUUUGCUGAUAAAAUCAAUGAGCAAAAACUUGCCCAACUAGAAGAGGCGAAGCAGGCUUCCAUCCAGCAAAUCCAGAAUGCAAUUGAUAUGGAGAAGUCGAAGCAGGCACUGACUCAGAAGCGCCAUUACCUUUUUGAUGUGCAAAGGAAUAACAUUGCUAUGGCUUUGGAGGUUACUUACCGGGAACGACUAUAUAGAGUAUAUAAGGAAGUAAAGAAUCGCCUGGACUAUCAUAUAGCUGUGCAGAACAUGACGCGUCGAAAGGAACAAGAGCACAUGAUAAAUUGGGUAGAAAAGCACGUGGUGCAAAGCAUCUCCACAGAGCAGGAAAAGGAGACAGUUGCCAAGUGCAUUGCGGACCUAAAACUGCUAGCAAAGAAGGCUCAAGCACCCCCGGUUAUGUAAAUGAAUCUAUCCCAAUUGAGACAGCUAGAAACAGUUGACAGACUAAAUGGAAACUAGUCUAUUUGACGAAAUCUUUCUGUAUUGAUGUCUACUGAAGUUAUAGUUUACCCUUCCUAAAAAUGAAAAGUUUGUUUCAUAUAGUAAGAGAACAAAAUCUCUAUCGGCCAGUCAAAUGUUUCUCAUCCUUCUUACUCUGCCUUUGAGUUGUUCCAUGAUCACUUCUGAAUAAGCAGUUUGUCUUUAUAAAAACUUGCGGCCUGACUAAAGAUUACCAGAUUAUAGUUUAAAUUUGCAAUUAAUUCUACCAUCUUGCAAUAAAGUGACAAUUGAAUGAAAAAAAAAAAAAAAAA